AUGGCAGACUCUGGUGAUAGCUACCAUGAUAGGUCCUACAGCCGCUCUGACGGCAGAGGGUCCUGUGGCAGUGCUUGUGGCCAUGGUUCCCAUAGCCAGAAGGAGAUGCCCACAGAGCCCCGCUACACAGCAUAUGUAGGAAAUCUACCUUUUAAUACAGUUCAGGGUGACACAGAUGCUAUCUUUAAGGAUCUCAGCAUAAGGAGUGUACUGCUAGUCAGAGACAAAAACACAGACAAAUUCUGCUAUGUAGAAUUUGAUGAGGUGGAUUCCCAUAAUGAAGGCUUGACACAUGAUGGUGCAUGGUUGGGUGAUCAGUCACUUCGUGCGGACAUUGCAGAAGACACAAAACAAGAUAAAAGUGGCUUUGGAUUCAGGAAAGGUGACGACAGAGGCUGUGCUCGCAGUGAGGACACGGGCGCUCCUCAGACCUUUGUCAUGUGUGUGUCCCCGUCUCUGCCUUGCAUUUAUCUGUUUGUUCCUUGGCGUAAAGAUGUCCGAGCUUACAAUGUAAAUGUUCCAAGCUCUGUCCACUUUCAGAGACCUACUACUGCAGGGACACUGCCUGCAAACCCGUGCAAGGUCUUGGGCAAAGGUGGUAUAUUCCUUGAGAACAGCCUCAGUAAGAGCCAGAAGAGGAUCCAAGCCAAAGGCGGCCAAAUGGAUAGCCUCAGAGAAUGGAUGGAGGUCUGCGAGACAGAAUUUGCAGAUGACAGCAGAACUUUCUGCUUUGUCUCAGUAGACUCAAAGACUCAGUUAUAG